AUGAGACUUGUUCCAGACCAGCAAGUUCAAGACAAGAUUUCUGCAGAGUUAGAUAAAUACCGGAAUGCAGAAGGACUAUUCGGUCAUCCUAUGGCUAUUACGCAUAGGAAAACAAAAGCACCAGCUGACUGGUGGGCAUCAUAUGGAUCUUCGGCGCCUAAUCUUAAAAAGUUUGCCAUACGGGUCCUUAGUCUAACUUGUAGUGCUACAAGUUGUGAGAGAAACUGGAUUGUUUUUCAACACCUUCAUACGAAGAAACGAAAUAGAUUGGCACAAUCAAGAUUAAAUGACAUGGUGUUUGUCAAAUUCAAUCGUGCCUUAGAUCGUCGAGUUAAAGAUAAGGAGAAGGAUCCUAUUCUUUUACAAGAGAUUGAUGAAAGUAAUGAGUGGUUGAUGGGAAGACUUAAAGAGGAGAAUGAUGAUGAUAUAGUAUUUGUUGGUAAAGAUCUUACUUGGAGAGAUGUGGCUAACGCAUCAGGUGCUUAUGAGCCUAGUUAUCUAACUAGAUCGAGAGUGCAAAAUGAUGGAGCGGAGCCAUCGGGUAGUGAUAAGGGAAAAGCUCCAGAAUCUAGUCAACGAUCUGGAUUUUGUUUGGUGGAUGAAGAGGUGGAAGAGGAUAUCGGAAGUGAUUGUGGAGGAGAUGAUAGUGUUCAAAUUGACAAUGAUGAUGACCAUUUCGCGUAUUUUUUGUUUUUAUGAUUAAGGAUUAGGAAUUUAGGACUUAAGUUCUGCUUUUUUUUAUCAUCAUGCCUAUGCUACUUUUAACUUUUGAAAUUGAUGCCUU